AUGGAUUCCGAGGCAGAUUACGAUGCAUCUCCACUCCUUGACGGCCAAGUACGCUUAUCCGCUCGUGACAUCAACCCCAAGAAUAGACCCUUCAGAUAUAGCCCUCUCGAUCUCUCCCGGCGCUCCAUCCGCCUGCUUAAUAUACACCGGGGCUUAUCAUCUGGCGGGCACGUCCGAUGCGAGUUAAUAGACGCGGAUGUGGGCUACGGCUAUACUUGCCUCUCCUACGUAUGGGGCCAGCCUGACAAGGGCUAUCCAGUCGUGAUCAACGACCGGAUAGCCCUCGUCCGGAAGAACCUAUGGCACUUUUUACAGCACGCUAGAAAGAAGAAGUUGGGGUGGCUUUGGAUCGAUGCGAUGUGUAUCGAUCAGAAGAAUCUAGCAGAAAGAACGCAUCAGGUGCAGCAGAUGGGCGAGGUUUACUCACAAGCGAGGGUUAUAUCUUGGCUAGGAACAAGUCCUGAAAUAGUCGACCUCUUGCACGGAAUCUCGAACAAGUCUUCCAUGGAUGGUUACCAAACGGCCAUGGAAGCAUUCUAUGCCCAUGAAUACUGGACUCGGGCGUGGGUCACUCAGGAAGUUGCUUCUGCAAGCAAACUCAUUCUGAUGGCAGGUGGAGAAGAGCUGGCAAUAGGAUCGUUCCCAGCACAUAUCAGCUUCGCUCAAGUGCCCUACCAUCUCGCACGAGUGGCACUUUUUCUGAGCAAAGCUAGAAACUGGUUCAACAACAAGAGCCUUAUAUGGCUCCUUGACAUGAUGUGUGCGCAGGAGUGUGAAAUCCCGCACGACCGCAUUUUCUCCCUACUAGCGCUAUGCGGAGAAGGUAGGGAUCUCAGAGUCAACUACCAAGCAUCUCUGGAGGAAAUAGUGUGGAGAACAUGCAACUGCUGC